AUGGACGCCAAGCCGAUGGUGGCCACUGACCGUGGCGAUGUCAAGAAGUUGAAGGAUCUGCUGAACCAGGAGGAUGCCAUGGCGAUGGUUGUGGUGACGGCGACGAGCAAGAAGCCUCCUGGGGAGGACCAACCCCCUGCGGGUAACAUUAUCAACCCCCUGCUUCUGGCAUCUGCACGCGCGGGCUCCUGGGAAGCGCUGAAUCUCCUUCUAGAGAGGGAGGACGCAAAAAAGCCACCAAUGAUGGUUCCUACUCGCAAGUUUCUUCAGUUGAUAGCGAGAAGCAGCGCCGCCCAGCGAAGAACUGAGGUGUCAGCUGCUGGUGAUGUAGAAGAGGGCGUCGACGACCAGUCUGUAUCUUCGGUUGCAGCUGGAGCACUCCUCAAGGGCGUCACCCCUCAAGGGGAUACUGCACUGCAUGUGGUCGCCAAUGGAGGGGGCUGGGAUUUCUUGAAGUAUGCCGGCAUCAUCUGCAACAGGGACAAGAGAAUCCUGUUUUCCAGGAAUCACAAUGGCGACACACCGUUACAUUGUGCUGCAAGAGCUGGGCGACCCAAAAUGGUUUCUUGUCUCAUUCAUCUAGCUGCUCCUGAAGGUGCCGACACGAAGCUCAGGCUUUUGAGAAUGGAAAAUAACCGUCACGAGACGGCCCUGCACCAGGCUGUCCGUUUUCAGUACGGUAGAGGUCUGCGUUAUGAGGAGAAGGAAGCAUUUAUUGGUGCUGCUGACCCCGCCAGAGAAGAAAAGAAUAAGGAAGAUGCUGCCGGUGUAAAGGAAGAAAAGAACAUAGUCAAGCUCCUAAUGGGUGCUGAUUCCGAAUUGGCUAAUUAUCCUGCAGACGGCGUUUCACCCUUGUACCAAGCCAUCUUGCAGGGGAAGAGUACCAUUGCACUGAUUCUAUAUCAUAUGAGUCGUGGCAAUCUCUCCUAUUCCGGAGCAGAUGGACAAAAUGCCUUGCAUGUUGCGGUUCUUCAGGACCCAGUGAUGGUAGAGUUCCUAGUGCAUUGGAACAGAAGCCUUACUACACAAGUGGACAAAGAUGGGAGCACGCCGCUUCACUUUGCUUCAUCGGUGUACUUCCGGACUGGCUCGGAUCUGCGUUUUAUGUUCCUCCGCACUCUCCCUUGGUGUCGUUUUGUGUGGAUUCCCUGGGGAUACAAGAUACACGAUGUAGUAUUCAAUGCGAACCCCGCCGCAUUGUACCAAGCUGACAAGGACGGAUAUUUUCCCAUACAUGUGGCUGCCUCUGUAGGUCUCAAAGAUGUCGUGCAAUUCUUCUAUAAUGAUUACCCAGAUAGUGCCGGAUUGUGUGACGCUAAAGGAAGGACGUUCCUUCAUGUUGCCGUCGACAAGGAAAAUCUGCACAUAGUCUUGUAUGUAUGUCGAACUCCAUCUUUAGCUUGGAUUGUGAAUAUGCAAGACAAUGAUGGGAACACUGCAUUGCACUUGGCUAUCGAGGCUCGGAAUUUUAAGAUGUUUUGUGCUCUAUUUGGGUCUCCGUGGGUGGAUCUGAAUCUGAUAAAUAACCAAGGGGAAACUCUCCGUGAUCUAGCCGGAAGUAAGGUUCCACACGGAAUAAGUUAUAUAGAGAACCCUGAGUGUAAAAUACUCCAGGUAUUAUGGCAUGUUGGGGUGAGAAGGGGUGCCCUUCGAAAGGAUAAGCUUAAUGAAAGAUACAUGCGGCCUGUAAACCCAGGGGACGAGGACAAAGAAUCACACAUGCUGGGAAAUUCAGCACAAAUUGCAGCAGUCCUAAUAGCAACUGUGGCGUUCACUGCAACUUUUGCCCUGCCUGGAGGUUACAGAGCCGAUGACCAUAAAAAUGGAGGUACGCCAACACGUGCUGGGAGUUAUGCUUUUGACGCGUUCAUGAUGGCCACCACAUUAGCUUUCAUCUGCUCCAUAGUCGCUACCAUUGGCUUUGUGUCUGCUGGAAUUCCCAUGGUUAACCUGAAAACCCGCCGAGUCAACUCUUCAGUGGCCGUGCUUUUAAUGUCGAGCUCACUCACAUCCAUGUCUACUGCUUUUGCGCUGGGUGUGUAUAUGGUGCUAGCUCCAGUCGCUCGUAGCACCGCUGUUGCGCUAACGACAUUAGAUUAUGCAUCAGAAAAGAAGGCUCGUGCCAAAAUGUUUGCUUACCUCUUCUACAAGAAAUUAUAUUUCACGUAG